GGAACGUUACCUAACGUUACGCGCUCGCGCUCGCCCGAGAGUGACUUUCUUUCGAAUCGGGCCCGCAGUCAACGAGAAUGUCUCUGCGCGAGUGGUACGCGGGCCGUACGGUGCUCCUCACGGGAGUCACCAGCGAAUUGGGACGUAUCCUGCUGGAGAAGAUCCUGCGGUGCUUGCCGGACGUCACAGUGUGCGUCGUUCUCAGAUCCCGAAACGGUCUCGGCAAGGAGGACCGGCUGAAGAAGAUAUUUGCGUCACCUGGGUACGAGCGACUGAGACAGGAGGUGCCGGAUGCUAUCUCGCGCGUCAAGUCGUUCGAGGGAAAUCUGCUUUAUGAGGACCUCGGCCUGAGCGCCGAGGACAAAGCUUCAUUGGCGAGGUCUGUCAGCGUAGUCUUCCACGCUGGCGGGCCGUAUGAGACCGUCCUGGAAUAUUGUCAGGAAUUUCCGAAACUCGAGAGCGUUGCUACAGUGUCCAGCAUCUUCCGACAUCGCGGCAAGAUAACCGAACAUCUGCAUAAUGAAAAAGUUCCCAUCCUACCAAUUGCACUGGUACGCCUCCCACUCGUUGGACCGGCUCACAAGGAACCCAUGCCUGGUUUCGUUGAGCUCCUCAAAGGACCGACCGCCUUUAUAGUCGGCGCGGGUUUUGCGUAUGGCGACUCAUCACUGACGGCCGAGGUCAUUCCGAUGGAUUUGGCGAUGAACACGAUGAUUGCGGCCGCGUGGGAAGUCGGAACGUCCAAAGUGCAAGAACCGGUGGUCUACAAUGCGGCAACGUUGGACUGCACGUGGGACGAUAUGAUUAAAAAGAGUCGACGGGCUAGCUGGACCUUUCCCUACCCGACUUUCGGAAUCCGCGGAAUGACGUCUAUCGCGGUGCUUUACUGGAUUUUGGUGCUGUUCCUCGAAUGGCUGCCAUCCGUACUCUGCGACAUCGUUCUCGGCUUGUGCGGCAGAAAACAGAGGACUGUUGCCGAGUACGACCGAGUUCGUAAUGCACUUCGAUCGCUGCAGUCGGUCUCGUCCAGGCCGUGGCCAGUGGAGAGGAAUCGCGUGCACCAGCUGCACAGACGCCUCACGGAGGAUGAGCGGGAGGCGUUUCCGGUCACCGCGGAGAUCGACAUCGAGUCUUACGUUCUCUGCGCCGCGGCUGCCACCCGAAAGUACUGCGUGCAGGAGGACGACCUCAGGUUCGUGAAGAUCAUCCGCCUGUUCUUCCUGUUCGCGCCCGCGAUGCUGGUCGUCGCUUACAUCGCGCUCUGCAGUUGGCGCACCAGUAAAGUUAGGUAAAGAGAAAGGAGCCGUACGUACGUAAGGAGCCAUCGCGUGCAUUCCUGUACGGGCAUGCCUCAGGUUCUCUUUUUCCCCAAGAAUUUCCAGGAGUAAUGAAUGAAGCGUCAAGGAAGUCGAAGAUAUCCCGAUCGUUCGCAAAGUUGAAGUUCCUCGCAGGCGGAUCGGAGGCCGGGGAAUCGAAAAUAUCCGUGAGAACGGGACGUGCGAGAAAACGCCGUUUCGGUGAAAGUUUCCAGACGUACCUUCGUCCGCUCGCUUGUUCGCGCGCGGCGUAUAUGGGGAGCAUGGUAUCAGCACGGAGGUGCACAUUUCCGGCACGUUCUACCUUACGCAAUACUGCUGCGCUGACUUGCACUCGUUCCAUCUCAUCGCGAGGAGGAUGCAACGAAGACGCGAAAUAUUAUUCGCGGAUUUUGUAUAUUUCUUCCGCGCUCGAGAACCGGAAGGUGGAACAGGCGAAAUUCUUGCGCGAAGAAAUCUCCGCGAGCUGCGCGACAUGGGAAGCUUUUCCUCGACAGGCCGGAUGCGAUGCGACGAUAUUGCUUCGAUACUUAUUUCAAUAAUGGAGCAAUAACAUGGAACAUGUAUGUGGAAGUAUUUUUUUAUUAUUCCGUUCACGUAGGAUUAUUUUUAUUAUUGUGUUAUCUGAUUAUGUGUGAUUACUUGUAUUCACGACUUCAAUGAAAAAGAUACAUACUUGUAUAACAUGUAAUCUAUAUAUAUAUAUAUAUAUAUAUAUAUAUAUAUAUAUAUAUAA